UUAAGAAUCGAAACAGGUGUAAAAUAAGAUUAUCCCUUUUUUAUUGCUUCUCAUCCUUCCAUACAUAAUAAAACAUCAUCAAUAUAUUCGUCCUUAAACUUGCCGAAAUGGCAAUCUCAGGAACCAAUUUCAAGCUGUUCAGCCACCGUUCUGUGGCUUACGAAUCUGCAUCAGAAAAUACACCAGACUCACUUCCAUUCUACCGUAGUUUCUUGAGAGACAAUGGCGCGGUGCCGAUCGACAAACGCGGCGACACGGUCCUCCAUCUUCUGGCCAUCAAUGGCAAUGUGGCCGCCAUGGAAAGCCUACUUCAGGCAGACCUCCUGCUCGACGAAAUGCUCGUGAGAAAGGAUGUCAACGGCAACACUGCGCUGCACGAAGCUGCAAGGUUUGGACAUAAGGGUGUGGCGGAGAUCAUGGUGAAGAAGAAACCGAGUUUAGCUUUCGAGAGGAAUAAUUUGAACGAGACGCCUCUUUACCUUUCCGCUGCGUAUGGUAAGAAGGAAGUUUUCGAGCUUCUGAAAAGUUAUAGCGAUUGCAGAGCAAGGAGGUACGAUGGCUGCACCGUUCUCCAUGCUGCGAUUGAAGGAGAACGUUACAGUUUGGCUGUGAGCAUAUUGGAGUCAUACCCUGAUCUUGCUCAAAAACAUGAUGAGAAGGUUAUUACUCCUUUCAAUUUGUUGGCCUCAAAACCAUCUUCUUUUAGAAGCAGAUCUACAUAUAUGUUGAAUGAUCUAAGCAGGACACCUUUCAUCCCCUGGCAGGUAGUUGAAGCAGUAAUCUACAACUGUAUUCCAACAAUGUGUGUCGAGGCAGCUUUGGAGCAUCCAAAUGCUAAUAGACUUGGAAUUUCCAAAAUAGAAAGGUCAUCUUUCAUCAGAAGAAUCUUAGGUUGCUGGUAUUUCAAAAAAAUUGAUGAUGCCAAGCAAAAGCAUGAACUUGCCGUAGUGCUGGCAAAUAGAUUGAUCGGUGAAGAAGAUUGGAGUCGGUACAUUUGCUAUGAAAGUAUAGACCCUGAAGACAGCUCAUUUGGGAUAUCUUCAAGGAAGACAAAUACAGUGCCUGACCCGCUAAUACAGGCAACAAGGUUUGGCAUUCUCGAGCUGGUAAUGCUGAUCCUCCAAAAAUAUCCCAAGGCCACUGGUUCCUUUGAUGAGAAUGGAAGGAACAUACUGCAUAUAACAGUGAAGCAGAAGCAUAGGUUUCAGUAUGACUACUUGAUGAACUUUGGUGCAUGUAAGGAUAGGAUGCUAGCAGAUAUUGAUAACCAAGGGAACACCAUCUUGCAUCUUGCAACAUGCGUGGGGUAUCCGGCUAGCUCUCCUUCUGGAUUCACAGAUGUUGGUGAUCGAUGGAGUGCCAAUUUUCAUGUUGGGGCAAAGGGGGGAAGUGUUGGAGUGGUGAACCAGAUGAGUUGGGAUGUGCUUUGGUUUAAGCGAGUAAAGCAUGACUCUUAUCCACACCUAUGGCAUCUUCGCAACAUUGAGGGAAAGGCAGCAGAAGAAUUACUCGAAGAAAAUCACUCAGCUCUUCGAGAAGAAGCUGAGAAAGCAGAAAAACACGUGGGUGACAACUUAAUCAUCAUCGCCAUCCUCAUCGCCACAAUCAAUUUCGCGGCGCUUUUCACUGUCCCUGGAGAUUUCAAUCAAAACACUGGCAUUCCCAUGUUCCGUGAAACUUAUAAGCAAUAAAUGGAUUUCUUCCUGGUGUACAUAGGCCUUGGUCUCUUCUUCGCCUUUCUCUCCUUAGCAAUUCUCGUGCUAAUUCAGCUAUCGCGGUUUGACACCAAUGAUUUUCACAUUGCCAUUCCAGCAAAAACUAUACUUUCCUGCAUCACCAUUAUCAACUCCACUUGUUUUUCUGCCACAGCAUAUACUCGGGUAUAUUCUUGAAGGGAAAUUGUCAACCUUCUUGACUACCUUUUUGACUUUGUUCCUGCUGCUUGUGUCGACAGUGUUGGCCCUCAUAAUGAUCGACACGAAGCUAUUGAUAGUCGAUUACCUGUACUAUGUGAUACGCCAUUUGCUGUCUUAUAAUAGCCAGGACUUGUAGAGCCUGCUUGUUUAUAGUUUUAUUUGAUGUUUGUAUUGAAGAGAAU